AUGCCGCAGAACGACAAGGAUGAAAGCGGCUUUAAGAACUGGCGCUUUGGUGCAUUUGAUCUGAGUUUUCUGUGCAACCACAUCCUUCAUUGCCGCUUGCUUGCGGGAGAUACUUUCAGCAGGUGGUGGCUGGGGAUGGCGGCUCCUCAAGAGAAGACGGUCUGUCUGGUGACUGGGGGCAACGGGUUCGUGGGUCAGAACCUGAUUACCAAGCUCGUUAAAGAUGGGACUUGGAAGGUGGUUAUCCUUGACAUAGCGCCACAGUUCCGGCCCGACAAUCAAAUCAAGGAUGUGCAAUUGGUUUCUGAGGGGCUCGCCAAUGGGAGUAUCAAGUACAUCUGCGGCGACUUGCGAAAGAAGGAGCAAGUAGUUGCUGCGGUCCAGGGAGUGUCUGUCAUCUUCCACGUGGCCUCACCAGACCCCAACGCGAAAAGCGCGCAGCUCUUUGAGGACGUCAAUGUCAAAGGGACUCGGUUCUUGCUGGAUGCGGCGGCGCAGAGCGGCGUGAAGAAGUUCGUCUUUACGAGCUCCGCCAGCGUUGUGUUCGACGGAACGGGCAUCGCGGGCGGGGACGAGUCUAUGCCAUACCCAAAGAAGCCCCUUGACCACUACACCCACACUAAAGCCCAAGCCGAGCAACUCGUGCUCAAGGCGAACGGUGUGAAUGGGCUCCUGACGGUGGCCGUCCGCCCGUCCGGAAUAUUCGGACCGGGCGACAAGGCCAUGAUUCCAAAUAUGGUGGCCCUGGCGCAAGCGGGGAAGCUGAGCAGCAUUGUGGGCGACGGGAAGAACCUGUGGGACUUUACGUACAUCGAUAACGUCGUGCAUGGACAUCAGUGCGCGGAGAAGGCGCUGAAAGAGGGGAGCGAGGCUGCUGGGAAGGCAUUCUUCAUCAGCAAUGGCGAGCCGUAUCCGUUUUGGACCAUGACGUUCGAUCUCGUGGGGGGCUUGGGCUAUCCCAAGCACAAGUAUGUUCUCCCCGCAAAGCCGCUCCUUCUCCUCGCCGUUGCCGUCCACCACUUACUUGAGCUCCUGAACAAGGUGCUCGGACCGGUGUUGAAACGCCCGCUCGAGACCGCAUUCACACCGUCCCGCAUCCGUCUGGCAAUCGCCUCCCGCUACUACAACGUCGAGCGCGCGCGCAAGUUGUUGGGAUACGAACCGGUGGUACCGCUCAAGGAGGGGAUCCGGAGGGCGAUCGAGGCACGACCGGACCUACGGAAAGAGGUCUUUGACAAACAGGAGCUCCAACGAAUUGACACUCCCACCCGGCGCGCUCUAGGGGGGGGCGCUUUGGCGGACCUCGUCCUUUGGCGGAGCCCCCUGAAAAGUGCCGCUCUGUUCUCGGCGACCCUGUUUCUGCUGUACCACUUCCUUUGGUCGCCCACCAACCUCGUCAACCUGUUGGCGAACUUGCUGCUGUGGAUCGUCAGCGCGACGUUCGUGGCGCACCUUAUCUCGGUUGCGUCCUCCAUCGUUGGGCGGCCGGUACGGAUACCCGACUUCCAAACCCUGGAGGUUUCGGACGCUAUGGCGGACGCGCUCGUGCGCCCGGCCGCGGACGCCUUUAAUGCGGCCGCGGCUGUGCUCCACGCUACCAUCCACGAAAAAGACGUCGUGACAUUUUCCAAGAUUUUUGGUGCACUCUUGGUGCUCCGGUGGCUGGGGUCCCUCUGCGACUUCCGUACACUCGUCACAGCAGCUGUUUGUGUUGCCUUCAUCCUCCCCCCUGCUGUUCAGAAGUACGAAGCGCACCUGCGGGAGCUGUACUCGCAAGCAGUCAAGCACAGUCACAGAUUCGCAGACAGCGUCCGCGAGCGACUCGGGCCCGCGGCUCGAGAGUCAAAGCUUCGGAAGGACUAGGUGCAGCGUAAGAAAACGUUUCAGGGCACACUCAAGUGAGAAAGAGUCGCAGUAUCAGAUUGCCGGCAUAAAAGCAGAUGCUUUGGUCACUCGACAGUGCAGAUUGCACAUGAAAGCUGCAGCCCUGUGUUGGCUUGCCGGCUUAGUCUUUUGUGUGUUGGCAGACUUUUCCAGGGUGUAGGAAUUUUGUGGCCGGCUCGUGAUCGGUCACACGACCAAGAGAGUGAGAGAUGCCAUCUUGUCCGCACAGCUUGCCGGGCAUUCCAUCAAGUUCCUGCCAGUAUUAUUACAGACCAUCGAAUCCGUC